UGCGUUCACAUUAGGCAGAUAUCUGAUCCCGAAUCAGUUCUCAAGAACAGAUUUUUGCUGGUAGACAUACACAUCACUUCCGACUAAUUUCGAGACCCCGGUCUGGUCGUCAUAGCUUCCACGGUUCCGCUAUCGGUUUCGUCCAUUCAUUUAACUGUCUAGAAAAGAUAGGUGUAACGAUUACGUUAUUUGUUUAGUAGUUUGUACUAAGAGAAUAGUAGUGGGCGAAGCUUUUACGACAUCAUUACCAUGGAGACGUCUGGUAACUCGCACAAGAAACCAAAGCUCAGCAAUGCGCCCGAAAACUGGGGGAUGCAGAGAGCGACCAACGUCACCUACCAGGCGCACCAUGUCAGCCGGAACAAGCGCGGCCAGGUCGUGGGCACACGAGGCGGCUUUAGAGGCUGCACCGUGUGGCUCACCGGUCUGUCGGGGGCGGGUAAGACCACAGUUAGCAUGGCCCUGGAGGAGUACUUGGUGUGCCACGGCAUGCCCUGUUACAGUCUGGACGGAGACAACAUCCGACAGGGCCUCAACAAGAACUUAGGUUUCAGUCCAGAGGACCGCGAGGAAAACAUCCGACGCAUCGCCGAGGUGGCUAGGCUGUUCGCCGACGCGGGCCUCGUCUGCAUUGCUAGCUUCAUCUCGCCGUAUGCCAGGGACCGUGUGAACGCCAGGAGGAUCCACGAGGCGGCCGGCCUGCCCUUCUUCGAGGUGUUUGUGGACGCUCCGCUGGACGUGUGCGAGCAGCGAGACGUUAAGGGCCUGUACAAGAGAGCCCGGGCUGGAGAGAUCAGAGGCUUCACGGGGAUCGACUCAGAGUACGAGAAGCCUGAGAGCCCCGAGCUGGUCCUGAAGACGGACUCCUGCAGCGUGAACGAGUGCAUUCAGCAUGUCAUCGACCUGCUGCAGGAGAGGGACAUAGUCCCGGUGGAUGCGUCGUACGAGGUGAAGGAGCUGUACGUGCAGGAGAACAAGCUGGACCUGGCCAAGGCAGACGCACAGACGCUCCCCGCAGUCCAGAUCGGGAAGGUGGACAUGCAGUGGGUGCAGGUGCUGGCGGAGGGCUGGGCCACGCCCCUCAACGGCUUCAUGAGGGAGAGACAGUUCCUGCAGUGUCUGCACUUCGACUGCCUGCUGGACGGGGGAGUCAUCAACCUGUCGGUGCCGGUGGUCCUGCCGGUGUCCGGGGCGGAUAAGGAGCGUCUUGACGGCGUGACGGCCAUGGCCCUGGUGUACGAGGGGCGCCGCGUAGCCAUCCUCCGCAACCCCGAGUUCUACGCUCACCGCAAGGAAGAGCGCUGUGCCCGACAGUGGGGAACCACCUGCAAGGACCACCCCUACAUCAAGAUGGUGAUGGAGAGUGGGGAUUGGCUGGUGGGUGGAGACCUGCAGGUUCUGGACCGGAUCUACUGGAAAGACGGACUGGACCAGUACCGACUGACUCCCACUGAGCUCAAACAGAAGUUUAAGGAGAUGAACGCAGACGCCGUCUUCGCCUUCCAGCUGCGUAACCCGGUCCACAACGGCCACGCCCUCCUGAUGCAGGACACCCACAAGCGCCUCCUGGAGCGUGGCUACCGUCGGCCCGUCCUGCUGCUGCACCCGCUGGGCGGCUGGACCAAGGACGACGACGUCCCGCUGGACUGGAGGAUGAAGCAGCAUGCCGCCGUGCUGGAGGAGGGCGUGCUGAAACCAGACAACACCAUCGUGGCCAUCUUCCCCUCGCCGAUGAUGUACGCCGGGCCCACCGAGGUGCAAUGGCACUGCCGUGCCCGCAUGGUUGCCGGGGCCAACUUCUACAUUGUGGGUCGCGACCCCGCCGGCAUGCCUCACCCGGACACGGGCAAGGACCUGUACGAACCCACCCAUGGGGCCAAGGUGCUCACCAUGGCGCCUGGACUCAUCUCCUUGGAGAUCGUGCCCUUCAAGGUGGCAGCUUACAACAAGGAGAAGAAAGCCAUGGACUUCUACGACCCCAAGAACCAUCAAGACUACGACUUCAUCUCAGGGACGCGUAUGAGGAGGAUGGCUCGCGAGGGCCAGAACCCUCCAGAGGGCUUUAUGGCACCCAAGGCUUGGACUGUCCUCAAGGAGUACUACCGGUCCCUGGAGAAGGUCUAGGUCCACUCGCAGCUGUCACCUGGGAGUUCGGGGGGGCCCAGCAACAAUUUUCGUGGAAUUUUGUGUUGUUGUUUUUUUAUGAUUUGUUUUAAACCCCCCUAAAAACAUGGUUACUUUGGGCUCCCCCACUUCCCCAGAUUUAGGUCUUGGGGACAUUUGGGAUUGUUGUCCUGUCGUCAACGGUUACAAAAGAUGGAAAUGGGGACAAGACAACACAGACACAGUCUCCAGCUGAGCUCUGUUUUGAUUCCCACCGACUCCACCAUAGAAGGCUUGUCUGUCUCCUAACGCUACUCUUACAACCAACCCUAACUGCUGUCUUUUUGACCGUGUUUAUUUAACUCAUCGUAAAAGUCAUUAUCAAAAUGUGCAGUUUUGUGUCACGUUAAAAAAAUAAGUAGGGAGAGAACAGGAGAGUAGAGAGGUCAACAGAGGUCAACAGAGGUCAACAGAGGUCAACAGAGGUCAACAGAGAGGUCAACAGAGAGGUCAACAGAGAGGUCAACAGAGAGGUCAACAGAGAGGUCAUUUAGUUUGAGAAACCGGAUCUAAAUGUGUCCUUGUGAUGAGAUGAUGUUGAACUCAAGAUCCAACUAUUCAGUCAAUUAUUUUUGUAAUGAUCUUUGAGCUGUUGCUGCCUGCAGGAGUAAAGUUACCGUGUUCAAAGGCUGAAAGAUAAAUGGCGUUUUUUCUUGAUUGGAGGCAAAUGUAUUAAUUAUACUGUUGAUCAGUGCUGACAAAGGAAGGCGCUCUUAGAUUUUCCUUUAAGCCAUUUAUGAAAAGGAAAAAAAACAAAAAAAAUGUUCAUGAAUUUCCUGAGGCCUGACAAGCCUGGUCUGUGUUCAUCGUACUGUGUAUGAGUAAAUGGCAUGUAACAUGCUGCCAGCGGUUUGUGUCAGUAAUGUUGAAGUUGAGUGCCUUGGUCUUUUUCAUUCUUUUAAGAAGCGUCGCACCAACUCACCAACACCCUCGUGCUUGAAUCUAAGAUCGCGCUCCUGCUUGGAAUCCUGAUUAGCGAUACAGGAACGUAUGAAUGGAAUAGUGGAAGCAGACACCAAGAAACCUCUUUUCAUGAGAACAGUCUGACCUUUUCUUGAAAAUACGUCCACAACCUAGUAACACAACUGAGUCACCUGUUCUUAGCAUUAGCUUCCUCACCACUCAUUGACGUAGUCCCUCUCACACAUUAGCAUGUAGCUCUUAACGAUGUGUGACUAGUUCUAACUGGUUAUCGAUUUGUAUUUUAUUUUGAUGUUGUGUGUCCGUGUUCACACUGAUUUCUGUUUUGUUUUCUGUUAUAAUUCCUUUGUAUUAAGUUACUUUUUUCCAUUUGUCCCAUUUCAUUGUUGCAGGGCAAUUAUUGGUCUGUGUUGUCUGAUGGUGUGAAACACGAAUAUUAGAUAUUAAUACAAUCAAUCUUUCUUCAAUAAACCAUUUAUUUACAUUUA